UGGGCAUUCUUGUACUUACGAUGAUUGAAGACGAAGAACUGACAUCUACUUGAAGACGAUGCCGCUGCACUGCAUCGGCGAGAGGAGGAGUCCCUCUGAGAUCGAUAAUGAUGAGGAGACAUGUCCCAGUAUUUGGCAGAAGUCACCAGAUUCCAUUUUACUGGACAUUUUCUAUUCUCUGAAAGCUUGUGAUCUGGUACGAGCUGCACAGACCUGUAAGGACUGGCACCGUGUCUGUCAGGAUGAAAGUUUAUGGAAGGGCUUGAUGCAAAGUCAAUGGGGUGUGAAAACAGUUUGCCUUCCACCAGGGAAGGAAAGUUGGCAGGCUGAGUAUCGCCGUCUCCACUACCUAGCCCCUACUCAGCUCAGUGAGACAUUAACAGACCAUAAUGAUGAGGUGCUUCAUGUCAGCUUCUCUCACCGUGGUGACAUGUUUUCAACCACCUCCAAAGAUGCCACCAUCAAGGUGUGGAGUGUUGGUUACCCAACUACAAUCAAAUACUCCAAGGAUUUUCGUAAAUUACUUUCCUGGGAUUUCACUCAGUUCUCCUGUUUUAACCAAAGUGAUAGCAUGUUGCUGGUGUCAAGUGUCAAGACGAGGGACUUCAUUGAUAGAAGGGGAUUUGUAGCUAUCCUCUCCAUUCUUCACGAUUUCCAUAUACUACGGGUGGUGGCGAUGGACCCCUCCCAACUAUUUGGAGCUUGGCUUGAUGACAGUACAUUUCUGGGUGGUUGUUUAGAGAUCAGCCUUGACCGUUUUGCAACCACAGUACAGAUUGAAUCAUUUGAGGUCCAGGCGUCUCAACUGGCUGAGUUGUUAUCAGAGGGCUGUUCAGACAUGUGUGUAGAGGAGGGAGGAGGCAACAGCCUAUUUACAUUCUGUAGUGAGACUGCCAGUCUCAUAAAAUUCCUCACUGUAGCCAAUGUCCCGGUGCACCCUAAUGACCCUGAUGACCUCAGUGACCACUACUCAGACUCCGAUAUGGAGGCUGAGGGGCCUGGUGACAGAGCUGCAGAUGAAAAUAUGGAAGGCAAUUUUGGAUAUGAAAAUGAGGCAGGUUGUUCUUCCUCUAGUGGAGUCAGGGCUUCGGGUUGCUGUGUGGACUAUAGCAAAUGUGGAUCUGCAUGUGGUUCUGUAACAAAGGACCAAACAGCAAGUACACAGAAUAUGAUAUUUGUGACUGGUGAGUUUGCUGUGGCAUUGCAUCAGGUCGGAUUUAAAAACUUAUCUCCCUCAAUCUCACUUGACAAUACAAAGGCAAAGCCAUACCGUGACAGUGACCUCAGUUCUAACUCGGACCUAGAUGAACUAGGAUGUGAACCAAGCCAAGAGGAGAGUCACAUGGUUGUCAACUUCAGCAAUAAUGAUAUACAGCUACGGCGAAUAAGGAAAUCUGACAAGCCAGAUCACCUGAUAGAUCUCUAUGGUCAUGUUACAGGAUUGUGUUUGUCAAAUGAUCACAGAUAUUUGUUCCUCAAUUGCCGGCCAUGGAUUGGGAUGGUGGAUCGUACCGACCCUUGGGCAACCCCUGACCUCUCACCAUCAAUAGAGGUCAGAGUAAUUGACCUUUGUACAUUGAAGGACACAAAACUGAGAUACACUGGCCACAAAGGCUUUUCUCCUUCAACUAUGUGUUGUUUUGUGUUCCUUGAUGUCAGUCAGGAUUAUGUUGGCAGUGGAAGUGAGGAUGCUAAAGGCUAUAUCUGGGACCGUCACUACGCCACUCUUCUGGCCACUUAUCAACAUGGGGAAGGUGUCGUCAACGCAAUCGCCUUCUGUCCUAAUAAUCAGGAGUACCUUGUCACAGUUAGCGACGAUAAUACAAUCAAGAUCUGGAGAUCAAAGCAUUUAAUGAAAGGUUUGGAAGUGACAGGACACAAUUGAAAUGUACUGAGGAAAUGUACUUGUAAGCAUGCAUGGGUCUGCAGCUGUUGUCAUGAAAAUUAUCUUUAAAUGACGGAGAGUUGCUAGCCAGCUGUGCACUCCUUUAGAAAAAUAGUUUUUGACUUCAGUAUUAUUUGCUGUUUGAUUGAUGGCUCCUUUUCACAUGUAUCAGCAAGAAGUGGUGCUGCAAAAUCACAAAAAAUAGGAAAAAAGAUAUGUGAAUAUUUCUGGUACUUGAGGUAUUUACUGAAAUAGAGAUUUUACAAUGAUUUUUGUGAGAACUGGAACUUUUGAAGCAUUGAUUUAGCAAAAAGAGAUUCAGACAGGAUAUGAUUGUAAAAUAGCUUUUCAAUGAGGUAUGAAUGCAUUUGCUUGCUUUGUAUCUCGAUUCAGAAUUUUGCUGUAACAAAUUCAGCUGCAUUGAUGCUUGUUUGAUACAGCAUUACCAUAUUCACUUUGUAGUAAGCUGAGUUACCAACACAUGAACUGUGAUUCUAAGUAGGGGACAAUGUAAUAUUUACAGGACAAUGUAAUAUAGUAUUUGUGAGUAAUUUUACAGAUUUGCAAUAAAGACGGGUUGACUUAUUACCAGACCUAGGCAAGAUAAUAUGUUGUAUAGGAUUCAGUAAUAACAAUAGACCUGGAUUUUGUAAACACCAGAUAGGUCUCAAUCAAUAUAAAAUGCUGCCAGCACUCAAGGUUCUUAAAAAUCUCAUUUUCAUCAUGAUUUUUUCUUGAAUAUGGAAAGAAAUAACUACCAUGAAAUCCAUUAAGGGGCACAUAGACCAUUGGUUGUGAGAGUGCCAUGUAUUGAUUUAUCAAAAAUAUAUCAGGAAAGUUGAAGUUUGUACUUGUGUUCUGUACAUGAUAAGGUCUUUCAUAUUGUCCCACCCUUUCUGUAAACAUUAUAAAGAUUUAUAGGCCUUUUAGGUUAAAUUUGGUGUGUUCAUUUAAUGUUGUAAAUAUUAUCUGUGUUGACGUACUAAUUUAUUAUUUCUUGUGUUGUUUUUUUUCAUCAAUUUGAUGGACUUGAUAUUAAGAAUUCUGUAUAAGAAAUGAACAUCAUGUAAUAGGAAUAUGUAAUUGGUAUGUAUAUUCGAGAGUAAUAUAUAAUGUAUUUAAUAGUUUGGGUAAUCUAUUUAUAAUAUUAGAUAUCAUUUAUAUAUUAUUUAUUUAUUCCAUAUCAGCAUAGUGCUAUAUUUGACACAUAUAGCCGACAUGGUUGAUAUCUUACAGUUUUGGUGAAAAGUUUACAUAAUUUUCAUGUCUUUUACAGGAAUUAAUUACAGGAUGUUUACUUAUUUUUUAUGAAUUAUAAUUAUAUGAUAUGUUGAGUCUUUUAUCCCUUUCACUGUGUCUCUGUAAUAUGGAAUUUAUCAAACUCAAUAAAUGAUUUAAUGUCACAUUCCUGGUGGCUUGUGACGUAUUAAAUUAGGACUUGAGAAUAAGUUCCAUAUAACAAAUACCCAUUUCGGAUCCUCAAUACUUCAGGUUUGAACUAUAAGGGCAUAUUGUGUCUCUCUUUCAAAUGAAGGGAAAUGCAUUAAAGCACUAGUUCUUCUUGCUCAGGUUGAAGAUUUGAACUGUUAGAAUUUUCUUGAGACAUGUAAUAUACCUGCAUCAUUCAGAGGCAUUGGGAAGUGCAGUGAAAUUAGGUCAUAGUGACCUUCACUUCGAUUAAAGGUCAGAUAAGUUUUUUUUAAUCAAUUUUUUGUGAAGACAACAAUUUUCAAAAGUCAGUGUAUACUGAUAAAAUUUGAAGGUCACCUGAUCACCUGUCAGUGUCGUCAGGUCAAACGAUAAGAUCAAAGUAAAGUUUUCAAUCUUUUACUGGCUUGUAUUUCAUUUGAAUUUUCUCAAGCAAAGUUGAAAAAGGCAAUUUACAGGUCAUUCAGUUAAUACAUGUUGGUGAAACAUCAAGAUAUGAAAUAUGUUCUUGUUAGUUGAUGGUAGACAUUUUUCUAGAUUCAUGAUUGAGGAAACUAAAAUAGUGAGAACCAACACUAUGGACAUUUAGGGAAGCGGUAAGUUCCUGAAUGUGUGGUAUUCAGUGGGCAUUCAAUAGAGAUUCUUGAUGUAAUUAACAUAUGAGCACUGUUCCAUGCUUGUUAAGUUGUUAAGAAUUUUUGUUAAAAUUUAAAACUCAAACUGCAGUAUUUCUCUGAGAAUUUCUGGGCUAAUUCCUUUGUAGAUAGAAUUUCUGAAGGUAUUGAAUUGGAACCCCAUAACAUGUAUUACAUGUAUUGAUGUAUUGUAGAACUGAUGUAAAGACAACUGAUAUGGAUAUGUUAACUAUGAAUAUAUAUACUAUUUGGAAAGAAUAGAUAUUCUUUACAGAUCAUAUGAGAUAUUUCUUUAAUAUUGUUCACAUUUAUGAUCUUGUAGCAUUUAACACAAGUUACUCCCUGUUGAUUUUAUGCAUUACAAAGUUUAAUAUAACCAUGUUUGUACCAGUACAGUACUCUUAUUUAUACACAUAUCCUAUUUAAUUGGACACAUAUUAUUUCUCUGAUGUUAAAUCAAUUCAGGUUCUAUUAAUUUUAAUAAAGAUAUUUUGUGUUUGAUUUCAUGUCCAGAAUGACAUAAAUUAUCUGCUGUGUAUGUAUAUUGCUUUCAAUAUAUUUUUACCGAAUUUGCUGUCAGUUGCAGUGAAAAAGACUUCAAUGACUACAGAAAGGACUAGAUUCUUUCAUUAAAAAAGGGAGUGUCAACAAAGCAAGGCUGAAAUUGAUACCCAUCUUAUUGGGGACCAUUGAAAAUGAUAUGAAGUAUGAUAUGAUAGGAUUGAUGUGAAUAAUAUUAGAUUUCACUGUGUGUAAUAUUAUGCAAAACAUGAUUGAAAGACAAUUUAGAUACUUGGCUUCAUGUAGCAAGAGUUGUAGAUGCUUCUGUGUUGGUUAUGGAUUUAUAGCACUUAACAUGCAUGAAUGAAAUAGUAGGUCAUUUUGACACGGUUAUAUAAUAAAAUCUUCAGAUAUAUUGUGAUGUCAUCAAAUCAUGUAAAUGUGCAUGGUCAUCAACUCUUGUGUUGUGAUGUCAUCAAAUCAUGUGUAUGGUCUUGAUGUUUUGAAAGGUAGUAGUGAUUCACACAGAUCAUGUUAGCGGUAAAUGCUUCAAUGCACCAUAGCUACUGAAAUUAAGAGAGAGUUAUUAUUUGAUAUAAAUUUAUAGGGUUGAAAAAACAGAUGCAAAUCACUUAGAUACUUUAUCCUGAAAGAAGUCUCAGAGGUGUUGGAGAUGGAAGAGGGAACAUCACCAGUCCUUGGAAGACUGGUGAUUAAAAUCAACAGCAUGAAAAAUGUUUGAUGUGUUUUUCUACAUAAAUAAGGCAUUGUAAUAAGGGUAAUUAGAAUUUACUCUUGUUUUUAUAUGCUUAGUCAACUUACAUCAUAAAGUUCUUCAAACAAAUUCAAUACGCUAAACAGUAUACACUAUGUGAUGGAGGUAUGACAUAUUUGAUGGGUUAAGUCAUAUGUCAGUGUUACAAACAGAACAUACUUUAGUAUUGAGUGUAUUUUGUAUAUUCAGAUAACACUUCAAACAUAAACAGGGAUGAACAAUAAAGACAUCUUUUAGCAUAUGA